AUGCUUCCUCAACAGGUCCGGCUUUGUCUUCAGGCGCUGCAUAUCAGCAUCAAUGAGUUUUCUACGUUCGUAGCUUCUCGCGGUCUCGACGAUGACGUCGUUGCUGCCAUCACAGAAGAAGGCGGCUCCCGCCUUCAGGAUACCCUCGCUCAGCUUCGACAACUCUGUGAGCUUGCAGAAGAGUGUAUGUGGCCCUUGAAAAUUCAUCGAAUCUUUCUGCUAAAUGAACUACCAGUAGCAAAUGUUCUCCACGAAAUGCGUAGUCCCAUGCAGACAGCAGGAAGCUGCAACACUGUCACGUUGCAUGAACCUUUGGACAUGUCUCAACCCAUACAAGAAGGCAGAAAUCCAUACCAAGCUUCUCCUUUCGAGUCUCGCUCUGUGGAUCUCGAGCGCGAUAAAUCGUUUGAAAACCUACCUGUCUCUAUCCUGACCCGUGAUCUGCUGCGCAGAGGGGUACAUCCUAUUCAACUUCCGAGGGAUCCAAGCCUCCCUCCGAUCGGGCCGAUUUACCUCAGUGAUAUUCCUGCUGGAAAACCAAAUCCUGACUUGAUCACCGCGCCUCCCAAUUCCAAUACCCCUAGAAGCGCGUCACUCAAUUGCGUUGAGCCACUGGAUCAGUUUGCACACUGUAAAAUUUUAAUAGCUGAGGAUAAUCUGAUCAAUCAGAGAGUCAUGCUGAAGAUCCUGGGGAAACUAGGAAUGCAUAAUAAUGUCGUAGUUCCAGAUGGCCAGGCUGCGGUGGACAGUGUUCGAGAGUUAAUGGGGAUAUACCACCCUUUCGACUUCAUCUUCAUGGAUGAGUCGAUGCCGGUCCUCAGCGGUCACGAAGCCACGCGUCAGAUCCGCGAGAUGGGGUUUCAAGGUCCAAUAUGCGCUAUGAUGGUCAAUACGAGGUUAGCAAACAAGCAGAGAACUUGGGACUCAGGCGCUACUACGAUUAUCCAGAAGCCGUUCAUGGUCAGUUCUGUUCGAAAUGUCUUGGAGCAGUACUUGACGCCUCUUAUCGAGGAGCCAAUUGUUGACGAAUCACCACUGCCACGGCGAAAACCAGAUAUCAAGUCGAAGCUUUAA